AUGUUGAUUCUCCCUGAUACUAGUCGGUCAUUUGAGGUGUAUUGUGAUACUUCACAUCAAGGAUUAGGGUGUGUGUUAAGCCAAGAUAAGAGGGUGGUAGCUUAUGCGUCUCGUCAGUUGCGAACUCAUGAGCAAAAUUACCUGACCUAUGACCUUGAGUUAGCUGUUGUAGUCUUUGCUCUGAAGGUGUGGCGACAUUAUCUUGAUGGAGCUCAGUUUGAUGUCUAUAGUGACAACAAGAGAAAUGCUAAUGUGGUGGUUGAUGCAUUAAGCAGGAAUGUGGUUCAUGGAUUCUCCUUAAAAGUUAGUGAAACUCUUUUGGAAAUUAAAGACAAACAAUUGUGUGAUCCUAUGUUAUGUCGGAUUGUAUUUCUCUUAGGGACAGAUAAGACAAAGGGUUUUAGUAGAGGCGUGAAACGAGAGAUAGCUGAGUUUGUUAAAGCUUGUUUGACUUACCAGAAGGCAAAUGUGGAGCACCAGAGUCCUCCAGAAGAGUUGCAGAUGAUGAAAAUUCUGGAUGGAAGUGGGAUCAUGUGA